AUGCUGGGAAUGUGUCGUGGGCGCAGGAAGUUCCUGGCUGCCUCCAUCAUCCUGCUCUUUAUCCCAGCCCUCACAUGGCUCUACCUGUCUGCUACCAACUUCACAGAAGGACGACCCAAGUUGUUAUCAGUGCUCACAAUAACAGCUUACACCCCAAUUUACUUUGCUGCUCAUCAGUCUUCAACGCUGGCCUUGGAACUACGGGUACGGGAGGUGGAAGAGGAAAACCGAGUGCUCAGAAAAGAGCUCAGUCAGCCACCCAAGAACCCCACCCACAGCAACCAGCAUAACAGUGGACGCCAUGGCAACCAGUCCCACAUUGGCAGAGACGGUUCGAGGCAUGCAGAGGCUCACAGAAGCAUUACAUCAGGAAACAGCUCUGACUGUGUGUCUCAGCCUGUGGUGGACAAGUGUGAGACAAUUCACAUGGCCAUAGUGUGUGCUGGGUAUAAUGCUAGUAGAGACGUGGUGACGCUGGUGAAGUCUGUCCUGUUUCACAGACGGAACCCACUCCACUUCCACUUCAUUACAGACUCUAUCGCCCAGCAAAUCCUGGCCUCCCUCUUCCAUACCUGGAUGGUGCCGGCUGUCCAAGUGGACUUUUAUGAUGCUGACGAAUUGAAGUCUGAGGUGUCAUGGAUCCCCAACAAACAUUACUCGGGUAUCUAUGGCCUGAUGAAGCUGGUUCUGACCAAGACAUUGCCAUCAAACCUGCAGAAAGUCAUCGUUCUAGAUACUGACAUCACCUUCGCCACAGACAUUGCUGAGCUGUGGGCUGUCUUUCACAAAUUCAAAGGUCAGCAGGUGCUUGGGUUAGUAGAGAAUCAGAGUGACUGGUAUUUAGGGAACCUGUGGAAGAACCAUCGACCAUGGCCAGCUCUAGGCAGAGGCUUCAAUACUGGUGUGAUUCUCCUGCUGUUGGAUCAUUUGAGGAAGCUCAGAUGGGAGCAGAUGUGGCGACUGACAGCAGAGAGAGAGCUGAUGAGCAUGCUGUCGACAUCACUAGCAGAUCAGGAUAUCUUCAACGCUGUGAUCAAACAAAACCCUUUCCUGGUGCACCAGCUGCCCUGUUUCUGGAAUGUUCAGCUUUCUGAUCACACACGCUCUGAGAAGUGCUAUAGAGAUGUCUCUGACCUCAAGGUGAUCCACUGGAACUCUCCUAAGAAGCUACGGGUGAAGAACAAGCACGUGGAGUUUUUCAGGAACCUUUAUCUGACCUUCCUGGAGUAUGAUGGCAACCUGCUGAGGAGGGAACUCUUUGGCUGUCCAAGUGAAACUGAUCACAAUAGUGAGAAUCUCCAGAAGACUCUGCUGGAACUUGAUGAGGAUGACCCAUGUUACGAGUUCCGGAGAGAGCGUUUCACUGUGCAUCGCACUCACCUCUACUUCCUGCACUAUGAGUACGAGCCCAGUACAGACCAGACUGAUGUUACACUUGUGGCCCAGCUCUCCAUGGACAGGCUGCAGAUGUUAGAGGCCAUCUGUAAACACUGGGAAGGACCAAUCAGUCUGGCUCUCUACCUGUCUGAUGCUGAGGCCCAGCAGUUCCUGCGCUAUGCUCAGGGUUCUGAAGUGCUCAUGAGCAGAAGCAAUGUGGGAUACCAUAUCGUCUACAAAGAGGGCCAGUUCUACCCCGUCAACCUGCUGCGCAAUGUUGCCAUGAAACAGGUCAACACACCCUACAUGUUCCUGUCUGACAUUGACUUCCUGCCCAUGUAUGGACUCUACGAAUACCUCAGGAAAUCUGUUGUACAGCUGGAUAUGGCACACGCUAAAAAGGCACUAGUGGUGCCUGCAUUUGAAACACUGCGUUACCGGCUGUCAUUUCCCAAAUCCAAGGCUGAGCUUCUGUCCCAACUGGACAUGGGCACUCUCUUCACCUUCAGAUAUCAUGUUUGGACAAAAGGUCAUGCUCCGACCAACUUUGCAAAAUGGCGGACAGCCACAACACCAUACAGAGUGCAGUGGGAGGCCGACUUUGAGCCUUAUGUGAUGGUAAGGAGGGACAGUCCAGAAUAUGACCGCAGGUUUGUGGGAUUCGGCUGGAACAAAGUGGCUCACAUUAUGGAGCUUGAUGCACAGGAAUACGAGUUUGUGGUCCUUCCCAAUGCCUAUAUGAUACACAUGCCUCAUGCACCGAGCUUUGACAUCACCAAGUUCCGCUCAAAUGAGCAGUACCGUGUUUGCCUCAAGACACUUAAAGAGGAGUUUCAGCAAAACAUGUCCCGCCGCUAUGGAUUUGCUGCGCUUAAAUACAUGACUGCGGAAAAUAACAGCUAG